AUGGCGCCCUCAGAAACAAAGUUCAAAGUAGCAGCCGUCCACGCCUCCCCAAUCUUUAUGAACAAAUCCGCCACCUUGGCCAAAGUGAUCAGUCUUAUUGAGCAAGCUGCCUCUGAACAAGUCAGGUUCUUGGCUUUUCCCGAGACGUUUGUCCCUGGAUACCCCUAUUUUAUUGAGUGCUACCCCCCUAUUACGCAAGCUCCUGCUCUGGCAAGAUACGCAGAAGAAUCAGUCGUCGUAUCAUCCGACCUAGCCGCCGUGGCCCAAGCCUGCAAAGAAAAAAACGUGGGGAUCAGCCUAGGGGUGUCGGAGCGGAUGGAGGGUGGGUACACCCUCUUCAACUCGCAGGUCAUGAUGGAUUCCGACGGGGAGAUUGUCUCUGUCCAUCGGAAGCUGCAGCCUACCUAUGUUGAGAGGAUGGUCUGGGCUCAGGGCGGCGGCGCAACCCUCGACGUAAAACCCCUUGCCGCAGUGGGUGGGUUCAACGUCGGCGGUUUGGCCUGCUGGGAAAACACCAUGAACGGUGCCCGCCAAGCCCUCAUAGCCCAAAACCAGCACAUCCACAUCGCCGCCUGGCCCGCCCUCUCCACCCUCUCCGGCUUCGAAUCAACCGCCAACGCCCAGAUCGAAGCCCUAGCCAAAACCCACGCCCUAACCGCCCAAGUGUUUGUCUUGGUGGCUUCGAACUACGUCGAUCAGACCUGCCUCGACUGGAUGGCCGCCAACCUCGGCCCCCAAUCCUUCGUCAAGCCAGGCGGCGGCUGGUCCUCCAUCAUCCACCCCUUUUGCUCCCUCCUCGCGGCCCCAGUGGAAGGCGGCAAAUCGGGUGAUGUCCUCGUCAAAGCCGAGAUCGACCUCUCAGACCUCAAAACCGUCAAGGUCUGGAUCGACAGCAACGGUCACUACGCCAGACCGGAAGUCGUCCAGUUCAGUCUUGACAAGACGCCUUUAUGGGGGGAUGAGAAGCGGGGGGAGGGGUGGUGGAGGAAGGAGGGGAGUACAAGUGCGAAUCGGGUGAGGGUUGGGAAUGGGGGGAAAGAGGAAGGAGGAGGAGAAAGAGGUGGGGGUGACGGAUCAGUUUGA